AUGCCCAGGACACGAAAGGACAAGACUUCCGCGAAUGAUGAUUCGGCCGUUGAACAGCCUGAGCAGGUCGUUACCCCCCCAAAAGAUAACUCGAGUUCAACAGAGCCAUCCGCCGAAAAGAAAGCAGAUGAUACUGCCUCUAAGGCGCUCGAUCGGCAAGCUAGAUUUAAAGCGCUACAAGCUCGAGCUAAAUCUGCAAGCGAACGAAACAUGAAAGAAACUGCGGCGGAGACACAGCGCCUUGCUACCGAUCCAGCUCUCCUUAACUCCCUUUCUCGCAAACAUGCCUUCGCCUCACACAAUCUUCUCAAAGCUGACACUGAAGCAGCGGGGGAAGAUUUUGAGCGAAAGCGCGCUUGGGACUGGACGAUCGAUGAAUCAGAGAAAUGGGAUCGACGCAUGGAAAAGAAGCAGCGCCACCGUGAUGAUGUCGCCUUUCAAGACUAUACUCAAGAUGCACGGAAAGUUUACAAGCGUCAAAUGCGCGAAUUGGCACCUGAUCUCGAAGCAUACGAAAAGGAGAAGAUGGCAGCUAUCGAAAAGGCGGCUGCCAACGGUGAUCUUGAAAUUCUCGAGACAGAAGCGGGAGAAAUGAUUGCGGUUGACAAAAAUGGCAGCUUCUACUCCACCGCCGACAGUGUGGGCUUUGCGGACAAUAAGCCAGAUCGUGCCAAUGUUGACAAGCUGGUUAAUGAUCUGCGGAAGGCUGAAGAAGUUCGCCUCAAGAAGCGAAGGGAACGUCAUGGUGACGAGGAGGCCGAUGUGACAUACAUCAACGAGAAGAACAAACAGUUCAACCAGAAAUUGGCCCGCUUUUACAACAAGUACACGACUGAGAUUCGGGACAGCUUCGAACGUGGUACAAUGAUCUAA